GGGAGGGAGCCAGGGAAGGGGGCGGGGCCGCGUCGCCCGCGCCGCGCUGGGCGCUUUCGGCCAAUGAGCGGCGUCCACAUGCCGCGGCAGCGGCGAGAGGGGAGGCAGCGGCCGAUAAAUGCUAUUAGAGCAGCCGCCGCGGAGCCGUCCCCGACGCCACCUCCUUCUCCUCCGCCGCAGUUUCCUCUGCCGCUGUCGGGGGUGCAGAGCUGAGGAACCUGGGCUAGUGCGCUGCGCACCGCCCCUCCUCACCUCCCUCGCUCCGUCCCGCCCUCAGAGGUCGGCCGGUCGCCCCCUCCUCCAGCCCGGGCGGGGCCGAGAAUCACCUCAAGAGUGCUGGGAGUGGGCUCGGGGGCCGCGGCUUGCGCUCCCGGCUGGCAGUUGAGGGCGAAGGAGGCCCUCCCUUCUGACGAGGGGAGGGAGGGUCGGGAGCUCCCCCACCCGCCCAGCAGCGAGGUCCAAGCGGCAAGAGGGGCGGUUGUCUGGGGGAGGGGGCGCGGGGUGAUUCAGCGCCCGGCGAGGCGGAAGCGGCCAGAGGAGGAGGAGGAGGAGGGGGGAGAAACCAGUCCGCGCCUGGGCGCCCGGGGUGGCACGAGCCCGCGGCCCGAGUGCGAGGCCGAGGCGAGGAGGCCGCGGGGACAGGAGGUGAGGCCGGUCGGGCCCCCGAAGCCAUGGAGAACGCGCACACCAAGACGGUGGAAGAGGUGCUGGGCCACUUCGGGGUCAACGAGAGCACUGGGCUGAGCCUCGAGCAGGUCAAGAAGCUGAAAGAGAGAUGGGGCUCCAACGAGUUACCUGCUGAAGAAGGAAAAACCUUGCUGGAACUUGUAAUUGAGCAAUUUGAAGACUUACUAGUUAGAAUUUUAUUACUGGCAGCGUGUAUAUCUUUUGUUUUGGCUUGGUUUGAAGAAGGUGAAGAAACAAUUACAGCCUUUGUAGAGCCUUUUGUAAUUUUACUUAUAUUAGUAGCCAAUGCAAUUGUGGGUGUAUGGCAGGAAAGAAACGCUGAAAAUGCAAUUGAAGCACUUAAGGAGUAUGAGCCUGAGAUGGGCAAAGUAUAUCGACAGGACAGAAAGAGUGUACAGCGGAUUAAAGCUAAAGACAUAGUUCCUGGUGAUAUUGUAGAAAUUGCUGUUGGUGACAAAGUUCCUGCUGAUAUAAGAUUAACUUCCAUCAAAUCUACAACUCUAAGAGUUGACCAGUCAAUUCUCACAGGGGAAUCUGUAUCUGUCAUCAAGCACACUGACCCUGUCCCUGAUCCACGGGCGGUCAACCAAGAUAAGAAGAACAUGCUCUUUUCUGUAAGUACUUUAUCAAAUUUGUUUUAUUUAUUUAUGUUCAUUCUGGACAGAGUUGAAGGUGAUACUUGUUCUCUUAAUGAGUUUACCAUAACUGGAUCAACAUACGCACCUAUUGGAGAAGUGCAUAAAGAUGAUAAGCCAGUAAACUGUCACCAGUAUGAUGGUCUUGUAGAAUUAGCAACAAUCUGUGCUCUUUGUAAUGACUCAGCUUUGGAUUACAAUGAGGCAAAGGGUGUGUAUGAAAAAGUUGGAGAAGCUACAGAGACGGCUCUAACUUGCCUGGUAGAGAAGAUGAAUGUAUUUGAUACAGAAUUGAAGGGUCUUUCAAAAAUAGAACGUGCAAAUGCCUGCAACUCGGUCAUAAAACAGCUGAUGAAAAAGGAAUUCACUCUAGAGUUUUCACGUGAUAGAAAAUCAAUGUCGGUUUAUUGUACACCAAACAAACCAAGCAGGACGUCAAUGAGCAAGAUGUUUGUGAAGGGUGCCCCUGAAGGUGUCAUUGAUAGGUGCACCCACGUUCGAGUUGGAAGUACCAAAGUUCCUCUGACCCCUGGAGUCAAACAGAAGAUCAUGUCUGUUAUUCGGGAGUGGGGCAGUGGCAGUGAUACACUGAGAUGCCUGGCCCUGGCCACUCAUGACAACCCAAUGAGAAGAGAAGAAAUGCACCUUGAGGACUCUGCCAACUUUAUUAAAUAUGAGACCAAUCUGACUUUCGUUGGCUGUGUGGGCAUGUUGGACCCCCCAAGGAUCGAAGUGGCCUCCUCUGUGAAGCUGUGCCGGCAGGCAGGCAUCCGUGUCAUCAUGAUCACAGGGGACAACAAAGGCACCGCUGUGGCCAUCUGCCGUCGCAUUGGCAUCUUCGGGCAGGAUGAGGAUGUGACAUCAAAGGCUUUUACAGGUCGGGAGUUUGAUGAACUCAGCCCCUCAGCUCAGAGAGAUGCCUGCUUGAAUGCUCGCUGUUUUGCUCGAGUUGAACCUUCUCACAAGUCUAAAAUCGUAGAAUUUCUUCAGUCUUUUGAUGAAAUUACAGCAAUGACUGGUGAUGGGGUGAAUGAUGCUCCUGCUCUGAAGAAAGCUGAGAUUGGCAUUGCUAUGGGUUCCGGCACUGCAGUGGCUAAAACUGCCUCCGAGAUGGUCUUGGCAGAUGACAACUUCUCUACCAUUGUGGCUGCUGUUGAAGAGGGGCGGGCAAUAUACAACAACAUGAAACAGUUCAUCCGCUAUCUUAUCUCAUCUAAUGUGGGAGAAGUUGUCUGUAUUUUCCUGACAGCAGCCCUUGGAUUUCCUGAGGCUUUAAUUCCUGUCCAGCUGCUCUGGGUCAAUCUGGUGACAGAUGGCCUGCCUGCCACUGCACUGGGGUUCAACCCUCCUGAUUUGGACAUCAUGAAUAAGCCACCUCGCAACCCAAAAGAACCGCUCAUCAGUGGAUGGCUGUUUUUUCGUUACCUUGCUAUUGGCUGUUACGUCGGUGCUGCUACCGUGGGUGCUGCUGCAUGGUGGUUCAUUGCUGCCGAUGGUGGUCCAAGGGUGUCCUUCUACCAGCUGAGUCAUUUCCUGCAGUGUAAAGAGGACAAUCCAGACUUUGAAGGAGUAGAUUGUGCAGUCUUUGAGUCACCGUACCCAAUGACAAUGGCGCUCUCUGUUCUAGUGACCAUAGAAAUGUGUAACGCUCUGAACAGCUUGUCUGAAAACCAGUCCUUGCUGAGGAUGCCUCCUUGGGAGAAUAUCUGGCUGGUGGGCUCCAUCUGCUUGUCCAUGUCACUCCACUUUCUGAUCCUCUAUGUAGAACCUUUGCCACUCAUCUUCCAGAUCACACCGCUGAAUGUGACCCAGUGGCUGAUGGUGCUGAAAAUCUCAUUGCCUGUGAUUCUCAUGGAUGAGACGCUCAAGUUUGUGGCUCGCAACUACCUGGAACCUGGUAAAGAGUGUGUGCAUCCUGCCACCAAAUCCUGCUCGCUCUCGGCAUGCACCGAUGGGAUCUCCUGGCCGUUUGUGCUGCUCAUAAUGCCCCUGGUGAUCUGGGUCUAUAGCACAGACACUAACUUUAGUGAUAUGUUCUGGUCUUGACUGACAGUUUUCCAUAAAGAAGAUGUUUAACUUAAUCAAUUAAUUUUUUUAUUGUUUAAAGCAACUGUCUAUUUCUGCUGAAUUUUCACAUGAACAUAUUGGCUGGUGACGGAAGUUUCAUACUCUAGAUUUGUUUUGCUUUUUCUGACUCCACUGGGGGAAGAUUUUCCUUUUUUAUACACAUAAUUAAAGUGUCCAUUGACAUGUACAGAGAACUAACACUAUUUUAUGCAAAUAUUUUUUUGUAGAUGAAAAAGCAUGUACAGUGUUCUGUUUAAUACUCAUCCUUGUAUAAAAAAAUAGUUGAGCCAGCAGACAUUGUCAGCAAAUUAAUUGGCAGCAGAUUUUAGGAAAUGAAUGUGUGUGGUUUUUCUAAAACUAGCAUGUAUUGUGUCUUUUGCAUGAUUAUCUGGAUUUAAUUUGAUAUCACAGUCUAAUUUUUAUUCAUAAGCCAAUUUUUCUGCACUGAGCAGAGUCCUGCUACCUCAGUCAGUAUUUUUUGGUUUGCCACUCCCCUCACCUCCUCAGCCCUUUGUUCACCCCCAUACCCCACCCACACCCCUACAUCCCAGCCCUGCUCGGCUUCUUCUAUAGGAUUUUGAUGGUCCUGUUUACAUCAGUCUUAACAAGAGGUAUGCCUGUUCUCGCUUGUGCAGAAAACAUUGUUCCAGAUUCAGUCAACUGGGUUUGUGUCCCAUCACAUAGUUUUUAAGGUUAUUUAUUUAAAUGUCUAAUGUGUUAUAUUAUAAGAGACAUUGUUUUGCGCCAACAUUGCCUAUUUCAAUGGCACUUCACAAUCUAGUUUAAAAAGAAAAAUAAAACAUUUUAAAUGGACAGAGAAAAA